AUGAGCCAAUUCCGCCUCUUCCCCCCUCUCACCCCAACAUCAACAACCAAAGACAACCUCCCCUCUCGAGGCGGCAGAGGCAGAAAAGUCCUAGUCGGCAGCUCCUCCCCAUCUACAUCAACAGUUUUAGAGGACCUAAGGGGCUCUCGGAAAACGGAUGCUGUGCUCCGCCAAAUCGGGGAGAAUGCGAAAGCCAUCCAGCCACCAAAACCACCGCCAAAGGCGCAUGUUACCAAACCGGCUUUGAAAUCUGAUAUAUUUGGCGGUGCGAAUGGAAGGGAUGGGGAGAGACAAGAGCCGGAGCGGUUAGCUUUGUCCAGCUCAAGUACGCUUGCGGACAAUCGGUCACCGGGGCGGUUUUCGGCAUUGAGUAUUCCCAUCAAAUCGAUCUUCCCACGGUAUAAUCCGAAUCUGCCUCUCAGCGAGCAGGAAUAUUAUCCUCAGAUAUCAGACAGCAACUCGAGAUCUCGUCAGAAACCAAAGGGUCUAGUCCUUUCGCCAGAACCGGAGAUCGACCGUGCCCUAGGUCCAAAGACCGUGCCGGCAAGCGUGAUGGAAUUCCUACCGGGUCUUCUCGACUCUGUCGAGGUGCAUUAUUCCUCUGCGAUAGACCUUCAAGGCCUCUGGGAAGCUGCCAAUGGCCAACGACUGGAGAACCAAACCGCAAGCUUCAAAUUACGUCUUACACGAACCGACCCAACAACAUUCACAUUCAGCGACCCCCAACACCAACACCCCUUCUACACCCUCCGACUUACCACCCCCGCCGAACUAACAAUCUCCCGAACAAACCCCACCAAACCAACAAACAGCAUCCCAAUCAUGACCCUAGCCCUCAAGGACCGCACCCGCCGAGAGCACCCAAACGACGGCCUCGUCUCAAUAGUCUCCUCUCGUUUAGCAGCAAUGCUUGCCGUCGAACAGGCCGACGAAGUCGCAAGAAAGCAACAUCUAACCCCAUCAGAAGCACUAGACGCACAAAGAAAAGCACUCAAGCGAGCAGAGGAGCAGGAAUCUUGUCGCUUGGCAUGGAAUCAUGAUCUCCGAUUAUACACACUCGAGCACCCAUCAUUCUCAAAACAGGCGACGCCAGAUCUCAUCAGCGCAGCUGGUAUCCCUCUUUCACCUGCACGCCCGAAGGGCCCUGGUGCUGUACAUAUCACCGUCUCAACACCAUCACCAUCACCAACCCAUACUACAAAGCAACCCCAAUCCCAACCAUCAACAAUCCUAGCAACAGCACCGACGCCCUCAAACUCCACAUCGACGGGAUCUGCUCGUCUCGCACCAACACCACGUACCUCAAUGCUCCCCCUCACGGACACAGACGAUCCAUUAGCAUCUUUGGAUCUCUCUACCAGAACACUAUGUAUAUCCUCGAAUGCAGUGAUUGCAACAAUACCAUCGCUGUACGCGAUUGACUCUGUGGUUGCGGGGAUUCUUGCUGUCGCUGUUGUGGAUGAGGGGAGUCGAGGCGUGCUUAUGGGGAUGGAGAUGGGAACUGGGUGUCAGAACCAGGGUACAAGGCAGGAGUUAUUUACGACGGUUGCAGAGAGGGAGGAUGUGGCGAUGGGAUGUGAUCUUGUGGAGAGGUUUGAAUCGGGUCCUAAUACUGGCGCUGUCAACGACGACAAGCAAGAACCCAGCAAUAGCGAUACCAAGCCCCCCUUCUGGAACAGGCUUCGCAAACCACGACCCCAAAAACCGAAACAAAAGAACAAACAAAUCGUAAUCGAAGAAUUCGACCUGGAGAAAUAUGGCCGCUACGGACCUAGUUCCUCACGGGAGGGAGAGAAACUACCCUCUAUCGCACGGGGAGUGUUAAGGGUAUUAUUCUGGGGGUUAGAUCUGGUGGUUAAAAUGCUCACGGCGAUGGUCAAGAUGUUAGCUUGGAUACUGGUCAAUCUGACGAGGUGUGUUACUAGUGAACGGUUUUGA